GUUUUCCGUUUACGAUCUUGGCGGCCUUUCGAAAAUUUGGUUUUCGUUGAAGCGCACAAGUUAUGGAGGCUAACCCAGAAAACUUUGCGGCCCUAACACACUACUUGGGACAAACGUUAAACCCUGCAACGCGGAAGAGUGCGGAACAGUCCUUGACUUCAGUCGAGAUACAGCCAAAUUUUCCCGUUCUUCUGUUGAAACUAGUACAUGACCCCGCAACCGAUGCUACAGUCCGCUUUGCUGGAGUUAUCUAUUUCAAGAACUUUAUAAAACGGCAUUGGCGACAGGAUGAAGGUGAACCAGACAAGAUAUCACCAGCAGACCGGAUCGCAAUCAAAGAGCACAUUGUGGGCUUAAUGAUGGCGGUACCCAGCACCCUCCAAGUGCAACUUGGAGAAGCCGUGUCAAUCAUUGCGGAUAAUGACUUUCCGGCGCAAUGGGAGAAGCUCAUUCCAGAUCUACUUAGUAAGCUGAACCCCAACGAUCACGUUGCGAACCUAGGCAUUUUACAAACGGCACACUCAAUCUUCAAGAGAUACCGUGCGAUGACUAGAACUGAUGAACUGUUCCUGGAGAUUAAGUUUGUCCUGGAGCAAUUCUCCGUUCCGUAUUUGCAAUUCUUUCAGGUUGUUGAUCAAGCUGUGGACUCCAACACAAAUAAUGCUGCGGCACUGCAACCAUUAUUCCAAGUGCUCCUCCUCCUUACCAAAAUCUUUUACGAUCUGAAUUUCCAAGACAUACCAGAAUUUUUCGAAGAUAACCAAGCGCAAUUUAUGGCGUUGUUUCAGAAGUACCUUACCUACAAGAAUCCGCUGUUGGAGACCACCGACGAGGAUGAAGCCGGUCCGCUCGAAAAAUUAAAGGCAGCGAUCUGUGAGAAUCUCGAUUUGUAUGCCAAGAAAUACGAAGAAGAGUUUACACACCUCCCUGCUUUCGUUGAAACUGUGUGGAAUCUCUUGACGACGACCGGCCUGGAACCCAAAUAUGAUUUGCUUGUUAGCAAAGCCAUUGGUUUUUUGACGUCCGUAGUACAUCCCGCACGGCAUCGCGAUAUUUUCCAAAAUCCGGAUACGUUGCGAGGAAUUUGCGAGAGAGUGGUCCUGCCAAACAUGGCUUUAAGAGCGUCAGAUGAGGAACUUUUCGAAGACGACCCGAUCGAAUUUAUUCGGCGUGAUUUAGAGGGAUCAGACACGAACACUCGCCGACGAGCUGCUUCUGACCUUGUCCGCGGUUUACUUGAGCACUUUGCCCAGGAAGUUACUACGAUAUUUUCCCAGUAUGUGACGGCAUACUUACAGAGCUACGAGAGUGAUCGAGCCGCCAAUUGGAAAGCUAAGGACACGGCUCUUUUCCUUAUAACAUCCCUAUCGGCGCGCUCCUCGACGGUCCAGACCGGUGUAACCAGAGUUAACGAGUUCAUGGAGGUUUUGCCAUUAUUCACCACACACAUUCUACCGGAACUUCAAAGUUCAGCGGACGGCGCAGCUCAUCCCAUCAUCAAAGUGGAUGCUAUCAAGUUUCUCAUGGUUUUCAGAAGUCAGCUGACAAAGGAUCAAUUAUCCGCUGUCUUUCCCUACUUACUAAACCACUUGACAUCAACAAACUACGUUGUAUACACCUACGCAGCGGUUUGCAUUGAGCGAAUUCUUGCUACCAAGAUGCCAAAUGGCGCUUUCUUAUUCCAUGAAAGCGACAUCGCAUCUGUAGCGCACCCUAUAUUAAAGCAUCUGUUCGAUCUUAUCGAGAAAAACGCCACAAGCCCAGAAAAACUUGCCGAGAAUGACUAUCUGAUGAAAACCGCCAUGCGUAUUGUCAUCGUAGCCAAACAUGAGCUUGAACCUGUAGCUGUGGAGGUUGUUGGACGGAUAACCCGAGUGAUUGAAGUGAUAAGCAGAAAUCCAAGCAAUCCCAAGUUCAAUCACUACGUGUUUGAAGCACUAGCAGCCAUCAUAAGAUUUAUUUGUGCUCGCAAACCCGCAUUGGUUGCAGAAUUCGAGCGCCUUUUGUUCCCUCCCUUUCAGGCAAUCAUCUCGCAAGCGAUCGAAGAAUUCAUGCCAUAUGUAUUCCAAAUUCUCUCUCAAAUGUUGGAUUUUCAUACCGAAGGAGGAAUCCCAGAGGCUUACCGCAGUAUGGCACAGCCUCUGCUUAUGCCGUCGCUUUGGGAAUCUCAUGGAAGUAUCCCUGCUCUGCUGAGACUGCUCCGAUCGUACCUUGCCAAAGGACCCGAGUUCCUUGUUGAACAGAAGCUACUUGAACAAGUCCUGGGCGUGUCACAUAAACUUAUUGGCUCGAGAGUGAACGACCAUCACGGGUUUGAAUUGUUGUCUGCGGUAUUCGAGCACAUCCCCAUACACACUCUAACGCCGUACAUGAAGAACAUUUUCGUUCUGCUGCUGACGCGGUUGAUGCAAGGAAAGACAUCAAAGUACACGAGGGGCUUUCUAAACUUCAUUUCACUCCUCUUCGUUUUGAAAAGAGAGAAUUUUACUAUUGACGUCGUUAUUGGGAGCAUUGAUAGCAUUCAGCAAGCCCCUCUCUUCAACAACCUCUUACAGAAUGUGCUGAUACCCGAAUUGGGCUCCAUGUUGAGUCCAAGUGAACGAAAGAUCUCCACAAUUGGAAUGGCGAAUCUCCUGGGACAGAGUCAAAUAAUGCUCUCAGAUCCGUAUCUGCCAACCUGGCAACCAUUGCUUGACGCAUUGAUUCAGCUAUGCGAGACCCCUGUGGCAGAAAUCGGCACUGUCACAGAGGAAGAGGAGCUGUAUACUUUCGAUAUUGAGGAAGCUGGAUACCAGGCGUCAUUCUCAAAGUUGACUGUUGUGGGGGAGAAAAAGAAAGACUAUGUGACGGGCAUCACAGACGCGAAAAGCUACCUGGCAAAGUCUGUUGCGACAGUAAUCCAAACGCAUCCAAAACUUCAAGGGGUUGUAAGCCCAACAGUGUUCAACAAGCUCAAUGAAUAUUUGCAUGCGGCUGGCACGCCUCUGCGUUAAGCAGUCAGUCUGGUAUGUAGAUAGCAAUAGCAACAUAUAUACAUUAGAUUCCGUAGGUACAAAACCCGAGCUAUCUGUAGCGCAGAUGCAUAAUUGUCCCGAUGCGGGGCUGUUCAUAUCACUACAUGCACCCUUCUGUUCUCAUCGGAUUGUAGCAUAGUAAUAUCUGUGUAAGUGGCACGGUCCCAAGGACAUCGC